GAUUUUCACAGUAGGUCAACAAACUUUUUGCAAGGAUAAGGAUAGUUGGACUCGUCUUUCUAAACACAAGUUAGUCGUCUUUUUUUAUGGUUCUGGGUUUGGGAUGAGAUGAUUUUAUGCUUUUUCAGGUACUUCGUUUGGGAGGUGGUAUAUUAAAGAUAUGCUGAUAUUUGGGCACCUCUACUCCCAAUCUCUCACAUUCACCCCACUCCCUAUAUGUACAUUAAUUAGGAAAUAUAACACAAAAUACGAAGAAUAUGAAAAGGGAACAAAUAAAUUUAUGAACAGUGACCCACAAGAUGGUGAAAAAUAGAGGUAGCCUAGGUAGAAAGGUUGCCAAAAUGUUGAACCGUUGGAAAAAAGAAAAUACAAAUAUGGUACUUACCUCUAAAAUGGAACACCUAAGAAGCAUGAGUCACUUUUCCCCCCUUUGGGUGUAACACAAGCAUUGUGUGUUGAAUUACUUGAAUUGUAACCGCACCUCAAUUACCUCUUCAGCUUCAAUUCCUCAGAGCCCAAACUGUGUGACCAACAAACUAAUCCCCCCACGUCCAUACCUGCAUUUCUUGAUCAAUUUCCCUCCCAUGGCAUGCAAGAAACAAUCCAGCUUUUCUAUAUAUCAUAAAUUCACUACACAUCUUUAUAAAGACACCUGCCAGACCACUAAAGUUCUGAGAAUUUGAUCAUGAAAAGUCUGUUUGAAAAGCAACUAUCUCCCGGUACUUCCAACAAUUCAUCAAGUAGUGGGCAAUCUAGAGAUGAUCAAGAGCUGGGCUCUCAUGCAGUGCCCAAGAAUGGAGAUCAUGUUCGCAAGAAAAACUCAUGGUUUUGCUGUUCUCCACCUGAUCACAUGGAUCUGAACCCUGCUCGAAUGAUUUUAGCAGAGAUGGUGGGGACUUUCAUUCUGGUUUUCUGUGUAUAUGGGAUUGAAGCAGUUACCCAGCUAAUGAAAGGCGAAGUGGGUCUCUUGGAGUAUGCAGUCACUGGAGGGUUGACAGUAGUAGUGUUGGUUUUCUCCAUUGGGUCUAUCUCCGGCGCACAUGUAAACCCUUCUGUCACCAUAACCUUUGCUACCCUUUGCCAAUUCCCAUGGUCCAAGGUAGUUCCAUACUACAUAUCGGCACAAAUAGUAGGUUCGGUGCUGGCAACGUACGUGGGAAGGUCUAUCUAUGGCAUAAAACCAGAACUUAUCACUACCAAGCCGCUCCAAGGCUGCAGUUCUGCCUUCUGGGUCGAGUUCAUCGCCACAUUCAUCAUCAUGUUCCUAGCUGUAUCUUUGACAAGCCAACCUCAAUCUGUAAGCCACUUGUCUGGUUUCGUCGUUGGAAUAGCCAUUGGACUUGCAGUGCUAAUCACAGGGCCUGUUUCAGGAGGAUCAAUGAAUCCAGCAAGGUCCUUGGGACCUGCAAUUGUUUCGUGGAAAUUUGACGACAUAUGGAUUUAUACAAUCGCCCCAACUCUUGGAGCUGUGGCAGGAGGUCACCUGUUUCAUCUGUUACGUCUCCGGCGCCUGCCUUGCACCCCCAAUUCCUCUCCCAACACCAUUCUACUAAGCAACGCCUUCCAGUAGGUUUUGGUGGAACUGAGUGUAGAAGAAGGUAACAGGAAGAGGAUGCUGCUGCUGUAUUUUUCUAUUAAUUUAUCUGGUGUUUGAGAAUAUUUAGUGUAAAUUUAAUAUGCCUUUUUGCCUCGACUUAUCUAUACUGCUUAUUUUACUA